UUGAUCAAUCACCUUCGAUUAUUCCCUUCAUUCUUGACUAUGAUUGGUGAAUUUCUUAAAGCUUAGAACUUACUACACUUAUUGUAGACUCGGCUUUACAGUUAUAUACCCUGUACAAAACGAAGCAAGAAAAAGAGGAGGAAAGCGAGGUUAUAGCUAACCUCUGCACACGUGUUCAUGCAUACUUAUAUGCAACCUUAUCACAGAGAUCAGAAAAUUAAUACGAGGAAGCAGUCUUAGAUGAAACAUGUAAAUCAUAUAUGUAUCGAGUAACUUCUAGGAGUCUUCAAUUAAAAAAGAAAACGAACAAAGAAACGUGCGAGCAAGAUGGGUAAGCUACUUCGUUUAGGAAGCAGAAAGAAGGCAAAGCGAUGGGCCAAGGGUCAGAGCUCCAGUUCCAACCCGACGACGAUGAAGCAUCGGAAACAGGCCACUGGUAUGUUCUUCAAGGACUUCUCCGACACUCCGGGCAUCACCAAGGAAGAUCUACAGAAGCACGACGCUAUCCAAGGUAGUAUUCAGCCGCAGUUCGCGAACCUCGACAUCGAGGAUCAGCCGGAGAGCACCGUGUAUGGAACAGCUACGGCGAACACCUUCGACACGUUCGCCAGCAAUUAUAGCAACUGCACCAACGUUUCCUUCGGCAAUUUUCUCAGCCACUUUCAAUCGACUUCGAUCAUGCACAAGGAGAUGCUGGCAGUGCUGUCAGCUGUCACAGAGGUCAUCAAGAACCAUGGUGGUACUGAAAGCUCGACAGAGUACUUCGCAGCCCUGAUGACUACCUUGGAGGCGUUUGAAGACGAAACUUCCGUAGCCGCGACUCUGUCUCUGCUUGGGAUGUGCUUGAAGACGGUGCCCAGGGCUGUACUGAAUGUACAGUUCAGUGCAACUAGUCAGAUCUUCCUUCAGAUUCUCUCCAAGUACGUCGCGACUGAGAACUUUCUCAUCCUGCGACACUGCAUAGGUUGUCUGUCAGUGCUGUUGAGGGCUCAGCAAGCUGCCACCUGGGUUGAUCCUUCAACAAAGCGAAUGCUGGAUGCCAUACUGACGUUCACCUCUCACGCUAAACCCAAAGUACGCAAGUCUGCUCUACAUGGUAUAUGCGUCAUCCUCAAGGGCAGCGACAUCAUGAAGAGCGAGAAUCCACCGACGUAUCAUCCGGCAGCGGAACAGAUCGCGACACAUUGCAUCAUGCAAUUGAACAACGCCUGCGAUAUAGGAUCAUCUCUGGGAGUCACCACAAUCCUGCACACUCUGACGCUGUUGAAGGACGUAAUGCAUCAGCUGCCAAAGUCGCACGUGAAGACCAUCUGCGAACGUCUGUUGAGCAUCAUGACAUUAAAGAAUGUACUGAUAACGUCAUGCUGUCUGCAAACAUUGCAUGGAUUGUUCGUCUCGAGGCCAUUGGAAGCGACGUUACCUCUGCAAACAAAUGCGGAUAUCAUCAAAGCUCUUUACGAUUAUCAACCUUCUGUCACUGAUGUGCAGCCGACCUUGGCAUGGUUGGCGGUCAUGCAAGAGGCUCACUGCAACUUGGUACACACCUUCUUGAAUACGUCCUCGACCCUUAAUGUUGGCUCGAUAAUGUUGGGCAAUAUUGUACCAAGGAUGUUGAACAAGUGUACCGAACUCUGGUUAUCCAGCAAGACGGAAGUCAUAGGUGGGACGUCGAACACCGUCAAGGUCAUUUUGCAGGAGUGUGUGGCACCUCUUUGCGAGAGCAAGGAGCGAAUUGAUAAGUAUAGCUCCACCUUGAGUCAAAUUAUCUCAAUUAUGCACAAGACGUUGAGUUAUCAAUAUCUCGAAGCCUGGCAGCAUGUUUUUCAUCUCGUAGCAUUGCUCUUUCAAAUAACCGGCAAGUCGAAUCUUCAAGGCCUUAAGGACAUUAUUAAAUCCUUGGGAGAGCUGCGAGAUUCUUACAAUUUUGCCUACAAUAGCGAUGUUGAGUACGCUAUCGGAGCUGCGAUUAAAGCCAUGGGACCACAGGUCGUCUUGGACAUUCUUCCUCUUCGGGCUGAUGAUGGUACGAUAAAUUUAAAGCGAGGCUGGUUGAUCCCACUAUUGAAAGACUGCAUAACGGGCAGCACCAUCUCCUUCUUUAAGGACGUUCUGCUCCCGAUCGCUCUAACAUGCGAGGAAAAAAGCAAGGGGAUAGAAGGGAAGACGUACGAAUUUUUGGUACCGCAAAUCUGGUCGAUCUUGCCGAGUAUAUGUAAUGAUGUCAGCGAUAUCAAGAACAAUUUUAAAGAUAUCGCUAGAUUGUUAGGUAUGGUGAUCAGCGAUCGGAAGGACCUGAGGUCACCUGUAAUGGCUGCGCUGAGAAAAUUAAUCGGAAAAGCUACGCGGGACAAGCACGUCGACGACAUGGCCGAACUCGCUCGCUUCGCUAAGAACUACUUGCCGAUUCUCUUCAACCUGUACAUGAUGAAACCGAACGGUACGGAUGAGGAGGGUCAACGUCUCGCCGCAUUUGAGACCAUCAAGAUUUACUUGACGAUCAUGAACAGUGACCUGGCGAACGAGAUGUUUGAACGUGCGUUGAGCAAACUUGAUGAGCCUAACGCAAACGACUUCUUCAAGGAGAGUGUUUACGAUCUGAUAAGAGUGCUGAUUGGCUACACGGACGUCGACAAGCUGAAAAAGUACUACGACAUGUGCGUACCGGUUCUCCAGGACGACACCAAGCAGAAGGAGCAGAAGAAGGCCUAUCGUUUUCUCGAGGAGAUAUGCGGAAGCGAUCGAAAGGUGUGCAAACAAUUUCUGGAGGAGAACAGACGCGGGAUUCAGAAAAUCCUGAUAACGUCGACGACCAGCGUGAUUAAUGCGAGUCGAGGUACCCGUUUAAGAUGCCUCACGCAUCUCGUCAAGCUGCAUCCGCAGCUCGAGAAGACUAAGUUCCUGGAGGCCAUAGUGCCGGAAGCCGUGCUCGGCGUCAAGGAUAUAAACGCGAGAUGCCGCAAUACAGCGUAUCAGUUGCUUAACGAGAUCGCCCAGAAAUUCCUGAACAAUUCCGAGUAUCUGAAGGAUUAUACGGAUAUGUUGAUGGUGGGUUUAGGCGGUGAACAAAAUUAUAUCAGUGCCACUUUACUGGCUCUGGCGUCUCUCACUUAUCAUUACAACGGUUCCUUGGAUAUGGAGACUAUAAAAGAGAUCUUAGAACAUGUUUGGACGAUUCUGACGAGUCCCACAAGGGAAGUAGUAGAGUCCGCGUUGUCCUACGUAAAGGUGUAUCUCAACGUGAUGCCGACCAGCGUUGUGGCCUCGACGUUACCGCAGAUGAUCAACGCUCUGUCGCAAAUGAACGAGGAUUGUAAGCGCCACUUUCGCCAAAAGGUACGCGACAUCUUCACGAAGCUUAUAAGGAAGUAUGGCAUAGGUCCGAUAUCGAGUAUGAUACCGACUUCGGACGUGAUCCUGCAUAAAAGAUUGAAGAACAUCAACAAGAUUGAGGACGCGAAGAGGAAGAAGCGAGAGCUUGAAAGGGCGAAGAAGCUGGAAAACGACGACAUGGAAUUUAACGCCAAGAGGACACCUAAGAGCAUAGAAGAAAUAUUGGCUGACAGUGAUGAGGAAUUCGAGGCUACGGAAAACGAGGAAUCUGCGAAAGAUAAAAAAAGAACGUCGAGGAAGGAUGCUUGGAUUCAAGAGAACGAGGAGAACAUAGUCGACCUCAUAGAUCCCGCAGCUGCUAGAAAUAUCACAACUACACAACCGGGCGUGUCAAAUCCGACGAAGAUUCCUAUGAAAAAGGUAAAGGAUCAUGGUUUCAAGACUGCACCUGAUGGUCGACUAAUCAUCGUAGAUGGUAAUGAAAAAGACAGCGAUACAGAGGAAAAAAGUAAGAAGAAAUUUUUCCUUCAAAAUAAAGAUUCAGAAGAGGACGAUUACGAGGAUGAAGAUGAUGUUUCGAUGACUACUAAGAACGUCGACAAAAAGCGUAAAUAUAGUGAGAGCAUGUCAGACGUGAUGAGCUUGAAGAGUCAGUCAACGUCAAGAUAUCAAGCUGGUGGCUCGGGUAUUCACCGACCGCUAAAAACAAGAAAGGUCGAACGUGAAGCUGGUUCGGAAUAUCGCGCAGUGAAAGGUCGAGGAGAUAUUAAGAAGAAGGGUAAACCAGACCCUUACGCAUAUCUACCUUUAACAAGAUCAGCAUUGAACAAAAGAAAGAAGAAGAAGAACGCGGGCAAGUUCCAGAGUAUCGUUUCUGGGGCGAAGAAGGGCGCGCGAAAAGGAAUGAAGAACAAGCGGAAAAGACAUUAGAGAUUAGAUAAUAGUUCUGAGAUUGAUUGUUAAUUACGUAUAUGAAUUAAAGAGACUUGGAAUAUUGUAAAAAUUCCUGUUAUUAUUAUAUUCAAUUAAAAGAAAAGAUAACUCAUAGUUUUGCUACUUAAUAUGUGUUAAUCGUUUCGAUUGUUCUGAUUUUGUCUGAUCUUCAGCAAAAUUUUAUACACGCUGUUUAUUUGUGAAAAUUGGAUAUGUUCGAGAAUCAUAGAACAAUACAAAUUAUAGCAAACAUAACUGUUCUUACUAAGAGAGUUGCACGUGUAAAGAAAAAAAUUAUACUCUAUAUUCUGCGGAACUUGCUCAUAUGUUUUCAGAACGCUAAGAAUAAAUACUCUCCCGAGUUUUUCACCCAUAUGUUA